UUAUAGCUAUGAAUAUGCAAUUAAGUUACCGCCUAAAAUAACAAAUUUAGUCAAGCAGGAAAGUGAACACAAAAGUGCGCGAGGAUCACACACAGGAGCGCGUGCGCCGGCGCGAGACUUAGAAAAUCUUCUUGAUCCGGUCAUCUAGUUCUGAAGAAGACAAGCUACACAAGAACUUGCAUCUUACUUGCAUACGAAGAUAAUGGCCAGAGGAAGAUCUGUGGAUGGAAACACACAUGAGAUAGCAAGAUUAAAGAAAGAGAAUGUAAGGAGGCAGAUUGAUCUGAGCAGCGUGAAUGAAGUUGUGUCUGACUCGUCUGAUCAAGCUCCAGAUGCACAGCCAUCUCCACUCCCAACACUCAGUUGGGGCAGCUCAGAGGACGUUUGGAGGAAAAUGCUGAUUAAAGAGAUAAAGUACAAACACAGCAAGAGCAGUUUAGACAGACACCCAUCGCUGCGACCCAAAAUGAGAGCCAUGCUGCUCGAUUGGCUCAUGGAGGUGUGUGAAUCGUACGUACUUCACAGACAGACCUUCUAUCUGGCUCAGGACUUCUUUGACAGGUACAUGUUGUCCCAAAGUGACCUGCAGAAGGAUCAACUGCAGCUCAUAGGAAUCACGGCUCUGUUCAUCUCCUCCAAAAUAGAGGAAGUAUAUCCUCCAAAAAUCACUGAGUUGGCUUUUGUGUCUGACGGAGCAUGUCUGGAGGAGGAGAUCCUGCAGAUGGAGCUGAUCAUGUUGAAGGCGUUAAACUGGAAUCUUUGUCCAGAGACUGUGCUCUCGUGGAUGAAGCUCUACAUUCAGAUCGCAUCGCUGUAUGAAGUCACCAAUCUAUUAGAGCCUCAGUUUUCUCAGGAAACCUACAUUCAGAUCACACAGCUCUUAGAUUUGUGCAUCCUUGAUAUCAACUCUUUGGACUUUAAAUAUGGAGUCUUAGCAGCGGCGGCUUUUAGCCACUUUAUGUCAUUUGAUGUCGUCCAAAAAGUAUCGGGACUGAAGUGGGAGGCCAUUGAGACCUGUGUGAACUGGAUGGCUCCUUUCGUGGAGACCAUGAUGUGUUAUGAGAGCGCACAGCUGAGAGAAUUUGGCCAAGUGCCUUCUGAGGACAGACACAACAUUGAGACACACGUGGACUACCUCUGCAUGCUGAAAGAGGCUCAGGAGAAGCAGUCAAAAAGCCUGGAGCCCUUAUUCCCACCAACACCACCCAGCAGCGCUGAGAAACCCAGCCAACACUAGUGUUCAUUCAGCAGGAUCAGUGAACUGUGAUUUUUACUGUCACUCUAGCUCUAGACUUCAUCUCGAGCUCAGGUCAUUCAACAUAAUAUGUGCACUGCUAUUUAAGUAGCAAAAUAGACUUCAAGAAACAACACUGUUUUAUAUUCUGAAUAAACAUUCCCUGUGAUUAUUAUGGUUCUUAUACUUAAAAAUAUAGUGCAAAUAAACAAGAGCAGGCCUCAGAAUUUGUGUAGGAAUUUUGUACAUUUUCUAUUUUAUUUUUAUGUUUUUCUCUGGAGUCUAAAUGAUGACUUCCUAAAAUUUAAUUAAUGAAAAUAUCAAAUUUCCUGCCAGUCCAAUGUUCAUUAUACAGCAUAGGGUUAAUUUGUAUAUACCUUUUUGCCCAUUUUCGAUUAACCCAGAGUGACGAUCGGUAACACACUGCCAAGAUGGCGACAGCCGCCUCCGCCCACUUUUGGCUUCAAAAACACUCUUCGGUAUCCUAUGGGUAAUGUCACGGAUGUAAAAUGUUUUUAAAUGAUGACUUCCUAAAAUUUGAUUAAUGAAAAUAUCAAAUUUCCUGCCAGUCCAAUGUUCAUUAUACAGCAUAGGGUUAAUUUGUAUAUAGAAUGUAAUAUGUUUACAUUUUCUCAUUUCAACUUUACCAAAAGCAUUAAAUUGUGCAUUUGAUUGUUCUUUAUUGACACAUAAUUGUGAAAAUUAGAUGUGUGUCAAUGUGUGUGAGUCUGUAUACAUUUGUAUAUUUUAAAAAUAGGACAAAACAAAUUAGCAUAUCCAUAUUUAUUUGACAAGUUAAAAAAAAAAAAAAACAGUAAAAAAAAAAACACUCCCUUGGAAUGAAAUUAAAAGUAGAGUUUAGCCAAGGCCUGUAGGAAUUUCUUCUGCCUUUUUUGUGCUGCAAGCUUCAGGACUUCCUCUGGAUUACUGGAGUUUAACUCUGUCUAUCCAAUGGCCUUGAUCUGUGUUCAAAAAGAUUAACCAUCAUUAGCUUCACAUCUAUGUACUGAACUGAUUAAGUUUCAUGUGUGAUGGCAAAUAGUUUCAUCUGAAAAUUAAGCAACUUCUGUACACAUCUUGCUUUGAAACUGCACUGAAAUUAAAUAUUGGUAAAUAUUGUUAAGACUGCAUUUCUGCAGUAUCUUGAAUAAAUGUCUU